AUGGCCGAUGAACGCCCACAAUUCUAUGAAAACCACUUGAGUCCUCUUACAAUCAACACGCAUUCGCUCGCCGAGUCGCUUCAAGAGCUUCGUAUUGCCGUGCGCAAUGGAGCCGAGUUGAUCCAUGGAAAUGAACCAAUUCCUGACAAAUGGACUGUUGGGGGCAUGUUUAAACAUUUUCCUGGAGUCGCUCUUGCUUUCUUACGUCUCGACUACCAAUCCGCUGUGCUAGCGGACGGAAGAGAGCCUUCUCCAGACUAUCGUCAGCAUGCUCUCCAAAGGAUUCCCUCGGACUUCCCAGACAUCGCUCUGACACCGUCUCGAUUGUCCCCCGCGGGAUCGUUCUCACCCAUAGCGGCUGUGACUCUCCGCAUUCUUUCUGUCGUGGCAAAUGCGAAUUGGCAGACUGAUGCAAAGCCUAGUCUUUCGCAAAAGGAUAUCACCUGCCUUGAUGAUGCCACAAAUCUAGCUCUGAAGAAUGGGCCCCUUGUUCCUCAUGAUGACCGCAACAUGGGUGGUGACGAGAUGUUGUAUGGGCGUGCGGGUCUCUUAUGGGUUCUACUAAAUGUGCGAGCUCAUGAAUUUGAUGAUGAGACUCAGAAAGCUCUUUCCUCGGUAUUAAACAAGAUCCCCGAGUUGCUGCGAGUCAUUAUCGACGCAGGUCGACAAGGCUCGAAAGAUUACAUUCAGAAAAAUGGAGAUCAGGAUGCACACCCUCUGAUGUAUGCCUGGAUGGAAGGACACUACUGCUUUGGAGCGGUCCACGGAGCCACCGGAAUUCUACCCCUCCUGCUUGCAUGCAAACCUGAGGAACUUGAAGAACACCUUCCUGUGAUUGGGAAAACUAUCACUGCUCUCUCAAGGUUUACUAUUUCAAGUAACGGCCAUCUUCCGAUGGCACUUCCCCCUUUCGGAUCCGCGCGAAAGUCUAAGCUUGUCCAGCUAUGUCAUGGAAGCCCUGGAAUUCUCAUCCUCCUUGCAACUGCAUUGAAGAACGAGGCUCUGACGCGCAAAUACUGGAGCCCAGAGUGGGACCAGGCCAUCGACUUAGCCACCGAUCGUGUCUGGGAAGAGGGUAUCCUAUCAAAGGGAGGCAGUCUAUGCCAUGGCAUUUCCGGCAACGGGUGGCCCUGGCUCAUGCUCCACGACGCCUUCCAGUACCACGCACAGGUUAUUAACUCAGCUCGUUGUGAUAACCUCGAUCUGCCCCAUGAUUCAAGCCUCCCAGAAGGACAUCUGGGCAAAAAGCUCACUCCGGACUACUUCCUCUCGAGGGCCCUGGCUUUCAUGCUGCAUUCGCGCGAGACGCGGCCGUAUAACACGGCGCCGGAAAACACUGACAGAGACUAUCGCAUGCCCGACGACCCAUACUCACUGUUUGAAGGCCUUGCCGGUAAUGUCUGUGCGUGGGCUGAAACAUGCGCGGUGCUACAGGCGAGAUUGCGCAGUGCAGAGUAUUGUCGGGGAACUAACGCCAACUCUUCGGGGCUGACAGAAGACAGCAUUUUCCAAGAAGCGACUUCUCGCACUCUUGGUUUCCCUUUAAUUGGCGGGAACGGAGCUCAUGGUCUUCUCUAG